AUGGAUUCACCGCUAGACAACCUGUUCGACGGACCUGACUCGUCGGGGAGCUCGGACGGCUCCACGGGGUCGCCGUCACCACCGAGCGACACGUCGUCCCCGCCGUCGUCGCAGUCACCUCCGCAAUCAUCAUCGCCGCCUCCCGCCAUCCCGCCACCGUCCACGCCGUCUGCGCCACCGCCCAAGUCAUCUGGCUCGGGAUCACCGCCGCCGUCGCCACCCUCGCCGUCGCAAUCGCCGUCGCCACCCACGCCGUCGCUGUCGCCGCCACCGGCGUCGCCACAGGAUAGCGGCGGGUUGCCACCCCCGGCGCCACAGGAUAAAGCAGGCUCGCCGCCAGCGUCGUCAAGGGGCUCCCCGUCUCCACCAGCUCCGAAGCGCAGUGGCGGCGACGACUCCCCGUCCUCUGAGAGUGAGAGCUCCAGCAGGAGUGGCCGCAGCAGCAGUAAGGGCGGAAGCAACAACGAUGGGUCGCCACCGGUGGGUGCCAUCGUCGCCGGCGUGGUGAUCGGGGUCGUGGCCUUCGGCCUGCUGAUGGCCAUCACCGCGUGCGUGUGCUGCGCCAAGAAGAAGAGGAAGAAGAGGCCCCCGCACAUGAACAUGCCCUACUACACCGACGAGCACGGGAACGUGUUCUACGCGAACAGCAUGCCCAAGUGGCAGAACAGCAGCGCGAUGGACGGCCACGGCGGGGGCUGGCACGCGCCGUACUCUUCGGCGAGCGGGGAGUUUAGCGGGUCGCACGGGCCGGGGCCGCAUGCACCGCCGUCGCCCGGCAUGCCGACGCUGGGGUUCUCCAAGAGCGCGUUCUCGUACGACGAGCUGGCGGCGGCCACGGGCGGGUUCUCGUCGGCAAACCUGCUGGGGCAGGGUGGGUUCGGGUACGUGUACAAGGGCGUGCUGCCGGGCAGCGGCAAGGAGGUGGCCGUGAAGCAGCUCAAGUCCGGGAGCGGGCAGGGCGAGCGCGAGUUCCAGGCGGAGGUGGAGAUCAUCAGCCGCGUCCACCACCGCCACCUCGUCUCCCUCGUCGGCUACUGCAUCGCCGGCUCCUCCCAGCGCCUGCUCGUCUACGAGUUCGUGCCCAACGACACUCUCGAGCACCACCUCCACGGGAAGGGCGUGCCGGUGAUGGACUGGACGACGAGGCUGGCGAUCGCGCUCGGCUCCGCCAAGGGCCUCGCUUACCUGCACGAAGACUGCCACCCCAAGAUCAUCCACCGUGACAUCAAGGCGGCCAACAUCCUUUUGGACGAAAAUUUCGAGGCCAAGGUUGCUGAUUUCGGGCUCGCGAAGCUGACCACGGACACCAACACGCACGUCUCCACGCGCGUCAUGGGAACUUUCGGGUAUUUGGCCCCGGAGUACGCGUCGAGCGGCAAGCUCACGGACAAGUCGGACGUGUUCUCCUUCGGCGUCAUGCUCCUGGAGCUCAUCACCGGCAAGCGACCGGUUGAUCCCACGAAUUACAUGGAGGACAGCCUGGUCGAUUGGGCGAGGCCCCUCUUGGCGCGCGCCUUGUCUGAGGAUGGCAACUUCGACGAGGUGGUCGACCCGCGGCUGGAGAACAAGGUCGACCGGCUGGAGCUGGAGCGCAUGGCCGCCUGCGCCGCCGCCGCCGUCCGCCACUCCGCCAAGCGCCGCCCGAAGAUGAAACAGAUUGUCCGUGCUCUGGAGGGCGACGCGUCGCUGGACGACCUGAACGAGGGGGUGAAGCCAGGGCAGAGCACGAUGUUCAGCUCGAGCUCGGAGUACGACUCCGGCGUCAACUACGCGGCAAACAUCAGCAAGUUCAGGAAGGUCGCCUUCGAGAGCAGCGAGUACAGCAACGAGUACAGCGGGACAAGCGAGUACGGCCUGAACCCGUCGCAGUCCAGCGCUGACUCCGGGGAGGCGGCCACCCGGCGGCAGCACUGA